AUGGCACCAGAAUUUGCGGACGCUCAAGCUAAAACGUCGUGCAAGCGAUGUCACCGACGAAAGAAAAGAUGUGAUCGCGGGUUGCCCCAAUGCAGGAACUGUAGCGGGGCUCGAGUGUCGUGCAGCUUCCUCGAUGAUGAUCGUGUUAUGGCAUCUUACCCCGUCACAUACGUGCGCAGUCUCGAGACAAAAGUCAAGUCUCUCGAAAAGGAAUUCAAUUCACUAAGAUCCGCGACAGGAAGAGAACUAGACUCUCGAGCGGAACUCAUGAAUCCGGAUACAAGUGAUAUUAAUAUUGCCCUCGGUCGUCAAGAGACGGAGGCAAACAGCACGAACUUGCUUUAUGAGCCCUCGCCUACCCAGCUGCCUCUCUUGCAGUCCUCCCCUUCCUUCGUCGAAGAGCUCAAAAUCCUCUCCUUCGAGGCAACGGCUGAUCGUCAUUUGGGAUCUUCCUCCGGCCUCUCCUUCGCCAAGCUGACACAAACCGUUCUUCGGCGUCUGAAUCCCGACAAGGCCGACUUUAGCUUCGCUCAUUUUGAACCCGAGGGUGGCAUAUGGCCGCAGUUGAACCUUCCCUCCUCGACUUCAGACCUCUUAGAUUCAACGUUGUUCAGUGGAUUCAGAGACCCUUUCAUGUGCUACCCUUCGAUGCUUGACGGGUUCUCCCCGACCGCGCCAACCGAGCCCAUCUCCGUUCCAGAGCAACAGGUCUCUCUUGAAGGCAGUCAUGUUGACCAGCUCAUACGUUUCUACUUUGCUCACUCGCAUACGUUAUACCCGAUCGUUCAUCGCCAGGAGUUCAAUAAUAUACUGGAGCAUGUUCGAGCGGAUCCUCAGUUUGCUUUAGCUCAAUCAUCCCUAUGUCAAUUUCGCCUAUGGAUGGUCCUUGCCAUUGGAUCAACUGCGCAAUGCUCAGUCACCCUUUCAGAUGAGCACGAAUCAAUGAUGUACUACAAGAAAGCACUCGAGCACUUUGAGGGGGCUCUCGAUUAUGGAUACAUGGCCGCGUUGGAAGUUUUACUUCUGCAAGUAUCUUAUUCUUUCUUCAACCAGCUUGGACCCAAUACAUGGACAUUGGUUGGUCUCGGUGCACGUAUGGCAAUUGGAUUAGGCAUGCAUGCUUCCUCAACCUACGAAGGCCUACCAGCCGACGUGUCUGAAAAGCGGAAGAGGCUCUUCUUUUCCGUUUACAUGAUGGAUCGCGUAGUAUCUAUAGCUCUCGGUCGCCCAUUCGCCAUCAAUGAAGAUGACAUCGAUGUGACGCCCUUCGCGGUGGAAGAUGAUAGUGACGUUGGGGCACAAAUUGAUCUGCCCGAGAACUCAUUUAAGCCUUCUAUACUGACCGUUCCUCUCCACAUCCUCGAGCUACGGCAGAUUGCCAGCAACAUCACGACUUCAGUCUAUUCUCACCGAAUGUCAGCCAGCCUCAAUGCCGAACAGCGCGAAGAGGUAUCAAACUCGCUCCACCAAAGACUUCUGAACUGGCGUCGUAAUAUGCCAUUUCCUCUUCCAAACACCGACGCUGCAGUGCCGCACCUCAACAGCAGCUGGUAUGACUUCAACUAUUAUCUCCACGUCGCCAUGUUGUAUCGACCAUCUCCGCUGUUCCCGACUCUGCCAAAACCCCGUGUCAAAGUGUUAGCGGAAGCUGCAUCCAUGUCGAUUCGUCAAGUAUCUAAUACGCACCGCCAAAGGUGUCUUGCAUACAAUUGGCUCAACCUUCUCUCGAUAUUUACCGCAACUUUGUCCCUAAUAUACGCCACAACUGUCCAACCUGAUAAUCUCAUCUCUGUUUUGAGAGACAAGGGAGCAGUGGCGGACCUUGACUUGACUAUCGAGCUAUUUGACAAGCUUAGCGUCAAGUUCCCUGUGGCUGGCAAGAUACGUCGAAUGGUUGAACAGAUAUCUACUAGUGGCGACCAUCGGUCGAUGGACGAGGGCUUCACGGUCGGGUCGUCGCCCUGGGAUGACUCGUGCCGCCGAAAACGCAAGGCCGCUGGCACGGCGCUUGGAAGACCCGCCCUUCGGAGUUACUAUCCGAUGUUCGACCUCGAGAGCUAUUGCAUCCUCCGAGAUCUGCAUAAGGACAGUCGCAACGGUGAGGUGGAGAUUAGCGUGCGACCGUAUAUCCAGCGAUAUGCGUUGAACACCACCUUGACGCUCUGCUACGGUAUUCGAAUGGACGCUGUCUACGAUGACCUGUUACGCGAGAUUCUGCACGUUGGUUCGGCAAUCUCGCUCUUGCGUAGUGCUUCAGAGAACACCCAAGACUACGUCCCCAUCAUGCGGUACUUCCCAAACAACGAGAAGAGUCGUCGUUCUAAAGAUCUCAGGGAACGCCGAGACGCGUAUUUGAAUCUGCUUCUGGAUAAAGUGCGGGAGCAGAUCAAGCGGGGCACCGAUAAGCCCUGCAUUUCAGCAGCAAUUUUGAAGAACGAAGAAACUAAGCUUAGCGGGGUUGAAGUCUCGUCCAUCUGCCUGUCGCUUGUGUCCGGAGGAUUCGAGACGAUACCGGGGACUCUCACCUCGGCUAUCGGAUCCCUUGCCACAAAGGAGGGACAGGCCUGGCAGGACCGGGCUUACGAAGACAUCAAGCGUUACUACCCAGACGUGCGCGAAGCAUGGGCUUCCUGCUACGCAGAAGAGAAAAUUCCCUACAUCAACGCCAUUAUUAGGGAAGCUGGGAGGUACUACACAGUCAGUUCUAUGAGUCUUCCCCGAAAGACCGUCACCGAAGUGAAUUGGAACGGAGCCAUCAUACCCCCUAAGACAAUGAUCUUGGUCAACGCACAAGCCGGAAAUCAUGAUGUCAGACAUUUUGGUGAUGAUGCCGGUCAUUUCGAUCCCGAGUGGUGGCUUGAAAGUCUUAAUCCCCCAACAGAAAAGGAGAUCUCAGGCGUCGGUCACCUCAGCUUUGGAUUGGGUUCCCGCGGCUGCUCCGGGCAGUACAUCGCCCAGCGUCUACUAUAUGCGGCCUUGGUGCGGCUGCUAUCUUCGUACAAGAUUGUUGCAAGCGAAGAAGAACCUCCGAAUACUGACUAUGUCGAGUAUAACCAGUUCAAGACGGCUUUGGUGGCGAUCCCGAAGGACUUCAAGGUAAAGCUUAUCCCCAGAGACACCCCUGUGACGAGUGAUUGUUUGAGAGCUGCGGAGGAGAGAACUAGGGAGCAUUAUGUAGAGCAAGGCAGUUGGGAUACAUCCAUGCACGUCUAG